AUGAAAGUCAAGCAUUUCAUCGUGAUGAUAGCCUUCGCGAUCAUCGAGAUAAAUUUAACUGAAAGCUAUGAAAAUGAUAGGAUACGAUUAAAAUCAGAGAAAACUCAUUACUUGCCUUAUGUUAAUGUCUGUGAUGUUCAAGACAGGUCAUCCAAAGUACACUGUUACUGCGAGAAUCCUAGAUAUCAGUCCGCGAAAAAAGCUGAUUGUUGGGUCUUCAAUGGCGGCAUUGAUGAAGGUGACCCAUUUUGGUCUAACUUUCAUUCCCAACCGAAACUCGAAAAAUUGACAUUCAACGUAAGAACCGAUGGCGGAUUGUCAGACAUUCCUUCGAAAGUGAUUGUAAGACUUGACCACUUACAAUAUCUUAACAUCCGGUACGGUCAGAUAAGCUGCAUACCUUCAUUUGCCUUCACAAAUUCUACAACCUUAAAAGAAAUAAUACUAUACAAAGAUAAAAUUACCGAAUUGGAGAAAAUGGCAUUCGCAAAUUUGAUUAUGUUAGUGAACAUCAGUCUUUCAGAUAACCAAAUAACAGAAAUAGAAAAGGACGUAUUCUACUUUUUACCAAAUUUACAAAGACUGAAUCUAGCGAGGAAUACAUUAGAAGUUUUGCACGACGGAUGUUUUAAACAUCUAAGCAACUUAAUCAAACUGGACUUGAAUAACAAUUUGUUGACUGUAGUAAUCAGGGAAAAUUUCCAAGGGCUGGCUAAUUUAAUUACCCUGAAUAUGGGAAACAAUAAAUUGAGUAUGAUAGGGGACUUGGCUUUCGCAGAACUUUGGAGCCUUCAAGAACUGUAUCUAGAGAACAACGAGAUAAAAUUCAUUUCAGAAAGAGGAUUUGGCGGAUUGACUCAACUUAGGAAACUUUUUUUAGCCGGUAAUAAGUUAGAGACGCUGGAUAAUGGCGUGUUCGAUGACAUACAAAAGUUAAAUGUUUUGGAUUUGAGGAACAAUAAGUUGGAAACAUUGAAGCAGGAGACUUUGAGAAGUGUCGCCGAUAAUAUGAAAUCGAAUUAUGCGUUAAUCUUUCUUGAAAAUAAUAAGCUGAUUUGUGACUGCCGACUUUCCUGGCUUUACAAACUGCGGGACGAGACACAAAGCAAAAAAAUCAGGGAAUCCCUCACCCAACUCGAGUGUAUUCUUGACGACGCCCUGAAAAAUAAUUUAGCAUACAUAAAAUUACAAAGGAACAAGACUGGUCAAACUAGUUCAAAAACAACAAAGAUGUACGACAAGGAGGAACUUGGCGACUACGAUGUUUCACAGGACCGGGUAAUUGAAUUGGAUCCAACCACAGGGGAAUUUCGUAAGCGACUAUUGAAUAUUCCAAAGAACAUCCUACCUUGCCCUAACCACGAGUACGCACCAACACAGGACGAAGUCAAAUACUACAAAACCUCUGGGAGUGGACACAACGUGACUACUUGGCUAACAUCCAUGUAUAUUUUAAUAAAUCUAGUUCGGGGAUGGUACUCUGAACGUUUUUGA